GGUUGUUUCUGUUGACAUUUGUGGCGUCAUCUUACCACGCACUGGUUUACACAGUUAUGGCUGUCAGAGGUGGAAGUGUAGUUUAUCGAUAUUUACUGCGGCUGUUAGUACUUCACAGUUUCAUUCUUAUCUUUAGUGUUUUGGGAAGUGGAAUUCGGGUGUGCAGCAUUUGCCCUGGAGAGAUAAGAAAUGGGUCUGCGGUUGCUGAAUUCUGUUAUUCAAACUCCAGCUUUGUGUCAGAAAGGAGGUGCUGCUUAAAAAAACAAAACAGCCAGGUGGUUGUUGUUGGGUUGGACUUUGGGAACUGCUCACUGUCACAGAUUGAUACUGAACUUCAAACAGCUAGCACUGCUGAAGUCAUUGAUCUUACAGAUAACCCACUGAAAAAUUUGCCUGUGUCUGCUUUUCGAGGACUUGUCGGUCUCCAGUACAUUGUAUUACCAGAAUUGGUCAACUGUCCAGGUGAUGACAUUUCUUGGGAAGAAGUAAAUAUCACUGCAAACAAAAGGAUAUGCAAGGAGCAAAAAAAUAUAUGCGGUACCACAGGACAGCUAGUCCCAUUGUGUCCUGACAGUUCCAUGUGUGAAGCUGAUGGCCCAGGCCUGUUCCAGUGUUCAUGUUCAGAUAAAUUUCAUGGGUACAGGUGUCUUAGAAAGGGUGCUUUCCCCAUGAUGAUGUUCUUUGGGAUUCUGGGAGCAGUGACAAUAUUUUGUUCCAUUAUGUUGUGGUACACCCAGCGUCGGAAAGCAAAACUGACCUUUUGAAUCAUGACACUACAGCAUCAACAUUCUGUUUUUUGAAGCGUAACUGACAAGAAUUAGAAAACAAAGCUACUGUUACACAUCUCUGAAGGAGGAGGAUGUUGAAAGAUUUUUGCAACAAUGAUUUCUGUCGACUAAACACAUUGAGUAGCUUAAUCAUCCUACAGGCAACUCCUCUUUCUCCCAGGUCUUUUAACCUGUUCCAUGCAAAUUUAAGUGUUGGUCGCCUGUUAAAAUGUUGGCUGGUGUUGUCACUUUGAUCUUCAACAAGAAAUUUGUCUUACGUAAGUUUCACUAUCCUGAACUGCAGUGUUUAUUAUAAUCUUGUGGACUACCUCAUAGAAAAUAAUCUGCGACCUUUUGGAAACCAAAUGUUUUUCACUUUUUCUUUACAGGUAUGUCAUACAGUGCUACUGAUUGCAUUGUGUCUUAACAGGAUCAUUUUUUUUGUCUUGAGAACAUAUGGUAAAACCAUCUUCAUGUAAGGAACUCUGCAUUGAGAGAUAACUAGUGAGUUGAUCAACAAGCAUAGGUCUGAGAAGAAAAUGCUUCCUUUUUGAUGCACUGGUUUAAAUUGUGCAAGGGUUUUGAAGACUUUGGUAUUUAUUUUCUGAGAAAAAAAAUUUAAACAUUUGAAAGUACAUGACUAAUGUUGCCUUGUAAUGUAGCAGUGCUUUAAUGUAUUCUUGAAGUUAAUGAGACAAGUGCUUGUAUGAAGGGGUCAGCAAUGGAGGGAUUACAAGCAUUAAUAUGAGUAUAUAAAGUUAUGAUUAAAUGUUUCAACAAAUAGAUGGAAUGGAGUAGACAGAGGUAGACAACUUGGCUGAAGGAAGAAGUGGAAAUGAAAAAAGAGUUUAUUUGAAACAGAAGAGCAUGGAGUAAAAAGAGGGCUGCAUAUAAACAGAGUUAAAAUAAGUAGCUGGGGUACUAAAGAAUCUCACAGUAGAAUUUCAAGACAAGUUGUCUGGGGAAGUUGAAGUUUGACAUAAAAGUGCUUUAGAAGAUCAGAGGAGCUUAAGUUGUUGAAACCAUAGACUGGCCUUCUGGAAUCUGCUGGAAAAACAAGUGUACGAAUGCCAGAGGACAGCGAGAACUCCUAAAUGCGUGAUUCAUCAUUAUAAAAUAACUGAAAAGUGCAGUAUAGCAGCUUAACAUGGAGCGGUAGGAAGACUGGCGAGAGCUGGAUAAGGCGAAGGUGGAAAGACAGCACUAGAUCCUGAUGAGUGGUGAAGCCUUGGCACAAGAUGCCACCAGUUAACUUAAAGAGCUAGUUUUACCACAUUAGGCCCCUUACCACCCCCUUGUUUACUCAAGUAAACUGGUCCCUUAACAGCCACUGGGUUAUUUAUGGCACUAGUAUACUACUUAAGGGCCCUUAACAGGCACCAGUUUACAGGAACUGCUACUGAAGAUUCCAUAACAGCAACUAAUGUACUCAAGUAAACUGGUCCCCUAACAGCCACUGGUAUACUUAAGGGAGUAGUUGUAAUACUUAAGGCCCCUUAACAGGGCUGCAUAACCUCUCCUCGGACUGCUCGGUGGUAUAAAAUGAUUGAAGCAUAGUUAUUGUGUUGCCAUAAUAUAGUAGAGAGGCAGACAAGGAAAGGAAAAGCCAGUUAGUUAUAAGUCAAUGUAGCCUCAGAUUUGUGCAUAGAAAGUUGGUGGAUGAGAUUCCAUUGGGUAAACUAGUUAGUAUUUCUGGAUGUCAUUUGUCUGGCAGAUGGACACCAACAUGGAUUCAUGCAACAAGGUUCUUACCAGUUGAGCCUAAGAUAGUUAUUAGACUAAGUCACAGUAGAGGGAUUAGAGGUAGGCAGAAGGAUCCUUUUUUGUGUAGUAUAUUUCAACAUCCGCAAGAGCGCUGAUAUCACACUGCUAAAGAAACUGGCUGGGAGGUUGUCAUGGAUAUAGAAUCCAUGCUGCAAAGGUGGAAAAGAACUGACUGGCCACUAGUUGUUGGCCACUAGUUGUCGGUGGCGGUUGUCUCAAGAGCAAGUAGUAACUGAUGAGAAAGUGACCAUCUCUGUGGAGAGAGUCUCUGCACCCAAGUGCAUAGGACUGUUCUGAACUCAGCCUUAUCAUUCAAACUUCACUUUGAUGAACUGAAAUAAAAACAAAGCAAAAAAAAUCGGGUAUGCAUUUCCUGCACAAUCUCAAUGUUUCUAUGUCAUGAAACCAUAGCAGCUGUUACAAAAAUAGUACCCGUACCACAUAUUCAGUACUGAAUUCUCUACAUAAAGUUCCUUCCUCCCCUUCAGUAGAUUGACAGCCUCCACCUACUUUAGCAAACAAAAUGUACUGCUUUACGGUCUUUACACCACCAUGUUAGAAUUAUAACCUCACACGCUAAAAAAAAAGUAGGCCGCCUUUCUUAUCAGCAGCAUGAAGAUCUGCUGUAGUGUAGGUAGUUAUGCAAACUCCAAAAUGUGGACACUAGCUUUUAAACAUCACAUAUGUGAAAGGUAUUUUAUAAUUUUAUCCACACAGACAAGUACUGUGCGUGAUUCCAUUCGUAGAACUAAUCUGUAUGGGGGGGGGGGGCAGAGUCUUGUCUGAGCUGCCACCUGAGUUAACAGGUACAUCAGAUUAGUGUGGCUCAAGACAGAUGUUAAGCAUGAUAUAAUAAUAAUCAAAGACACUUGUAAAUGUAGCCAGCAGUCUUUGUAAACAAUUAAUAGCAACUUCCCCACAGCUUUACUGUGUGACCACAUCCCGACAUUAAAACCUACUGAAUAUUCCUGUUACUUCCAAACCAGCAAGUUAACCUGUCAUUAUAUAGCUGCAUAUGUAGUGUUGAAGAGGUUUUACUUUCAGAAAUUUAACAUAACUGCUAUUGCUGUUAAUUAAUAGAGUUGCAUAUUAAUAUACUUCCACAUGGUGACAUUUUUUUUUUAUUUUAGUGUUAUUUAUUUCUUAAGAAGGCAAGCACCUUUCGUCAGAGUUAAACUGUUCAUUUAAAUUGCUUCUUCAGACUCAUAUGUUGCAAGUCAAGAUUGAUUAAUUCAAGCCAAGGAUUACAGCAAGAUUAUAUUUCAUUCCUUAACCCUUUAAACUUUACUGUCAAAUCACUUGUCUAAUCCGUAGUUUAGACUAUCAAUGACAGUGUUAUGUACUGAUAUACAGAUAGCAUCAUUAAAAAUCUAGAAUGUAUGUAACGUCAAUGUUGUCUAAAAUAUUUUAAUCCUUUCUUAAUCUGUAUUUUUUAUCAUUUUUCAGUGUAAUGCAUUAUUGACUGUUACAUAUUUUAAUGCAGUAUGGUGCUGUAUGUUCAAGAUCUGUUACUGACAAAUGUAUAUACCUGUGCUAUAUCUGAGAAGGGUAUAUGUGGAUCAGCCAGAGUUGUAUCAAGGCUGGUUGGUGAUUUGAGCAGUUCUUCUGUUUGGUACCCCCCCAGACUGAAGUUACAGACAAAAUAUAUAUGUAUCUGCGUAGCAUUUCAUAACCUAUAGGAAACAGCCAUAAUACCUUCUGCUACAGUUCAGUGACUGACUGCCAUUUCAGUUAAAAUAAAUAAAAAGAUCUUCAAGAUAAGCAAAGAGCUGUUACGUAUCUACACAGUAGUUAUUUGACAAACUGUGUCAAACAUCUUUGCUAAAUUAUAUCAAAGAACUGUCCUACCUCCUUACAAGUCUGCAGCACACAAAAUACUGUUGUUUAAGUAGCCAAGACUGUUGUUAUUACUUAAAUGAUUAUGAUACAGCUUGUAGGGAAUGAUUAUCACCUCUUCCACAGUGCUAACAAUAUCCCUUAUCAGCUUGCUCCCAGAGAAGUUGCUUCUGCUUUCCGCCCUUCCUGUGGCUUGUCUAUCUGAUCAAGGACUGAAAAGGAAGAGAGGGUACUGGUGGAAGAAAAAAUAAGUUCUAUUUAAGAAAACAUUUUUUAUGGAAAUUGAAAUGGGCUCUGAAAUUACUUUCCAGAGACAGUGACAGAGUAUAAAUUAGCAGAAGAAUUCAUGGGCCUUGAGAUAAAUGCAAGGGGGAAUGAGAGGGUCAGCUAUUUGUAGAUUAUUUGAAUAGCCAUUGGUGUUCUUUUGUUUUCUUUGCUCAUUUGCAAAGAUUUGGGGAAUUUAGUUGUAAAAAUACACUGAUACAGUAGUGAUGAUAAAUGUAUUUAGGAUAUCAAUCUGUUUUGAAGGAAAUUGUGAAUUACAAAGACAAAAAUAUUUGGACAUUGUAAAAACGUAGUAACAGUACAUGGAACAUUUAAAUGUAGGCAACCCACAAACUAAUAUCUUUGCAGUCAUACAUAGCAGGUAUGUUUCCAAUAGUUGUAGUAGAGAAUAUCAUACCCAAAUAAAAAUUACACGACUUUGAACUCUCUAAGUCAGCCUGGCUGUAAGGUUUGAUAUCAGCAGACUGCAGUCUGUGGUAAAUGCAAACACUAGUAUGUCAAAAAAGAGGCUGUGCACAUUGUAUUACUUAAUUAAGCAAGAAUAUGUCAAUAUCUUCCUCUUCUUGAUAGCACUCCCCACUGUCAACAUCUUAGGAAAAAAUAUUUUAUUUUCAGAUAACAUUGAAAAUGCCCAUUUCUGUUAUAUAGUCAGCUUACUGUCUUUUUUCUGUCAAGUAUUUAUAUACAGUGUAAUUUAUAAUAUAGUAUAUAUGUGUGCAUGCAUAUCUUUCUUUCUCCAUCUCUAUAGUAACCUGUUGAGCUUGUUGAAUGUAGAAAAAUUUCACAAAGUGUAACAGUUAUACAAAGUUUUGUACUGUAUCUUGUUGAUGAAAAAUGUGUGUUAUUUUUUUAAGUGCUGUACAAUAUGGAGCCUGGGAAUAUUUUUGCAGUGAUUCUCACAGGCACUCAUCUUAUCACAUGGACUUGAUCUGAGUAUAAACAAAUGUAGCCUGGAAGAUUCAAAUCAGGAAGUUGAUUCCUCAUUAGGAGGAAAAUAUUUUAUUCUAAGGGGAAGACACGGAAGCACAGAUUGCAGUACGACCCAUUAGGGGCUAGUUGUGGAACAUCAUUUGUGGACAAUUCUUGAUUUUUGGUACAAAGAGUAAAGUCAAUGCAGAAAGGGCCUAGAAAUGUUUGGAACUGAGACAAAAGCUUAGGAGAAAUGUCCAGAACCUGGGAAUAACUGUUGGGGUGCUUAAUUUCUGGAGCAGAGAUCAAGGCCUAGGCAAAAGGCUUAAUGCCUGAGAGCAGACUGUAGGAAUAUUUAAGCUGAAAGCUGAGAGUGUGGUCUAGGAAAAAGGCCUAGCCUUAUGAUGAGAUGACUUAUAUAUAUGAUGACUUAUUUGAAAGGUAUUGUUUUUGUUUCAUUUCAAACCCCAUGUGAUCUGAUUUUUCUGUUGGAAAUGAUUUAAUAAAAGUGAGUUUUGUGUA